AUGUGGAUCAUUGACGUGGUUACCAACAAUUCCACACCAAGCAUUAACUUUGAAAACUACUUGGGAGUGCUUUUCCUGUUACCACUGGGGAUUUUGCUGGGCAUAGUGGACAACAUGUCAACUCUGGAAUACUGUCAAGGAAUCACAACACGUUGGAGAUCUUCAUGGCAAAACGUUCACAACUGUAAACUAUGUCCCUAUUUUACAACUUCGCUUUUCUUUAUGGUGAACCACGUGAGACGACACCGUUCAUCUCUGGAGGAAUUUACUUGCGACAACGCCAAAAUUGAAGCUUAUUAUUGUAAAGACUGUGAUUAUAAGACGGAACUAACACUUUUGUUCAAACAACACAUUUAUAAACAUCACGGCCUUAAGAGAGAAUCUGAAAAGGUUUUUUCAAGUGAGGAUUUCCGCAUACAAACCUACGUUUGCCAACAAUGCGACUUUGAAACAAAUCUCUCGUUGAACUGGCUUCAGCACACUUUCACUUGCACGAGAAAUAAAGAAAAUCUUCAAAAUGUGAACUUUGCAAAAGAAAAGAUUACAAACAAUUCCGACUUUAAGCAAUCUGACGAAAUGCCUUGGUGUUAUUGUACUGAAUGUUCCUAUAAAACUAAACUCCAAAAAUAUUUGAAACGUCACAUUAAAAAUACCCAUUCGAACAAACGUCUCCACAUAGAUGAGGACGAUAUUGAAUGGCACAAGUGCCAAAAAUGUCCAUUCAAGACCAAAGCUAAAGCUAAUUUAAAGAAACACAUAAAAAACUUACACUUGAAGGACGAAGACGUUAAAUGGUACAAAUGCAAUGUGUGUUCUUUCAAAACUAAGCACAAAAAAUCCUUAAACGUACACGUAGGAAUAAAACAUCUAGAUGAAGAAAAAAUUAAAUGGUAUGAAUGUGCAAAUUGUCCAUACAGAGCUAAACUACCGUCGCAUUUAAGAAAUCAUGUGAUUUUUCAACAUUUGGAUCAAGAAAAAAUUAAGUGGUACGACUGUGCGAACUGUCCAUACAGAAAUUUAGGUAAGAAAAAUGCCAGUAUUCUUCCACAGUGCGAUAAAACGGUUUAA